AUGAGUGCUCCAACUGAUAACAAAGUUGAAGCCACACAAGCUCCAGCUGGCGAUGGCUUGUUCGAACACACUUCUUCCUCCUCUUCCGUUAGUGAGAGAAAGCACAAGGACCCAUCCGACUUAGAGUCCACCCGCUCCACUCCAGCCGAAGCUAGUGCUGAAAGAGGUAACGUCUUGGCCCAAUACACCGAGGACCAAGUCAUGCAGAUGGGUAGACACUACGCUUCCAAGCACGGCAUGGACUCUGAAUUAUUUGCCCGUGCUGCUGCUGUCUCAAGAAGUCCACAAGGCUUCAACUCCAUGCCUUUCUUGAGCGAAGAAGAAAAGAUCGGCUUGAACUUGGAAGAAACUAAAAAAUGGCACAUUCCACCAAAGUUGUUUGCCGUUAUUGCAUUGGGUUCCAUGGCUGCUGCUGUGCAAGGUAUGGAUGAGUCCGUCAUUAACGGUGCCACCUUGUUCUACCCUAGAUUUUUCCUCAAAAAUACCCACAGGGCUGACUUGAUUGAAGGUUUGGUCAACGGUUCUCCAUACCUUUGUUGUGCCGUCUUCUCCUGUUGGACUUCCGACUUGUGGAACAGAAACUUGGGUCGUAAGUGGACCAUUUUCUGGAGUUGUGCCAUUUCUGCCCUUGGUUGUAUCUGGUCUGGUUUUGUCAACAACUGGUGGCACUUGUUCAUUGCCAGAUUCUUCAUGGGUAUUGGUGUUGGUGUCAACUCGGCCACCGUCCCUGCAUAUGCUGCUGAAUGUAUUCCAAGUCGUAUCAGAGGUUCUUUAGUCAUGUUGUGGCAAUUUUUCACUGCUGUUGGUAUUAUGUUUGGUUACGUCUCUGCCUUGGCCUUCUACUACGUCACUGACCACGGUGUUGGCUCUGGUUUGAACUGGAGAUUAAUGUUGGGUUCUGCUUGUAUUCCUGCUUUCAUUGUUAUGUGUCAAGUUCCAUUUGUGCCAGAAUCUCCAAGAUGGUUGAUGGCUAAGGGUAGACAUGCCGAGGCUUUCGACUCAUUGUUACAAUUGCGUAAGGAACCAAUUUCUGCUGCCAGAGAUACUUUCUACCAAUACGUCUUGUUACAAGAAGAAAACUCUUACGAUGCUUCUUUCUUCAGAAAGUUCAUGGAAUUGUUCACCAUCAGAAGAAACAGAAACGGUGCUCUUGGUGCCUGGAUUGUCAUGUUCAUGCAACAAUUCUGUGGUAUCAACGUUAUUGCUUACUACUCUUCUUCCAUUUUCGUUUCUUCCGGUUUCACUGAAAUUUCAGCAUUACUCGCUUCCUGGGGAUUCGGUAUGCUUAACUUCACCUUUGCCAUCCCUGCCUUCCUUACCAUUGACAAGUUCGGUAGAAGAUUCUUAUUGUUGUUCACCUUCCCACUUAUGGCCAUUUUCUUGUUGGUUGCUGGUUUCGGUUUCUUAAUUGACCAAGAAGCCAAUCCAAAGGGUAGAUUGGGUAUGAUUAUUAUGGGUAUCUACUUAUUCGCUGCUGUCUACUCUUCUGGUGAAGGUCCAGUUCCAUUCACCUACGCUGCUGAAGCUUUCCCAUUAUACCUCAGAGAUGUUGGUAUGUCCUUCGCUACUGCCACCUGUUGGUUCUUCAACUUCAUUUUGGCUUUCUCCUGGCCAAACAUGAGAGCUACCUUCACCGAAACUGGUGCUUUCUGUUGGUACGCUGCAUGGAACGUUAUCGGUUUCUUCUUGGUCUUAUGGUUCUUACCAGAAACUAAGGGUCUUACCUUGGAAGAAUUGGAUGAUGUCUUCUCCGUCUCUGCUAUGAAGCAUGCCAGAUGGCAAACUGCUGAAUUAUGGGAUGACCUCCAAAGAAACAUUCUUCGUCGUAACAUUCCUAAGCAACCUGCAUUGUACGAACAUCAAAGAAUGGCCAUUACUAACCCAGAAUGGAACGACAAGUCUGAGGUUUCUCAUGUUGAAUAA